CUGUAAUAAGCGGUGCACAUCCCGGUGUGUGCGCCAAGGGAAGCGUAUCUUCUACUUGGACUUCGACUGGAGGGGAUCGCAAUUAUCUUCCCUCACACGGGUAAGGCACUUUUAGCCUUCCACCAGCUCUUUUGAUUUAGACUACUCUCCACGGCAGGUGACCUGGAACUGGUUGGAGAGGAGGAGAACAAAUGGAAAGAGAGCCAGGAGAAAGAGGAUGAGCGAGAUAGAGAGCAAGACCCAGGAGAUUCCUCAUGCAGAAUGGAAGUCCUCAUUCUGCCGGCUUGUGAUUUGAAAGGAACAAAGGCAGCGUAGCCUAAGAAGGCCGUAUCGUCUGUGUUUUGCCCUGUGUGGCCUCCCUCUAUUUAUCUCAGUCAGAGUCAUGGUCUUAAUCUGAACACAAAAUAAAUCCCCUAAUCCCUUCCCCCCCCCACAGCCGUCUGCUAUUGACAUCUAAUUCAUAACGUCCCAUUGUCAUGGAGAAGACGUACUCACUAACCGCGCACUAUGAUGAGUUCCAGGAAGUGAAAUACGGCAGCCGCUACAGCAGUGACAUCCUCAGUAAUGGUAUGACGCUGCACUUGGGUGGCAGUCUGGACCGUCACACGGCGCGCGGGCGGGGAGGCACCUGGUCAAAUGGUCGCAACAAAGAUGCAAGCAGCACAAGCAGCAGUGGCGGGCUCCCCCGAUGGAGCAGGAGGGAGAUUUGCCUCCUCUCGGCUUUAGUCUUCGCAGCGGGCAUGUGUGUCAUUUUGGGAAGUAUGCUCGCGCUAAAAUACAUUUCCUUGGAGGCCCAGCAGGAUCCGCAGUGCAGGCAAGACUGCCAGCGGAGACGCGUACUGUUGCGGGCAGCGCGCUUUGUGCAGGCCAAUAUUGACCCCACCAUCCAGCCCUGCCAGGACUUUUACUCCUUCGCGUGUGGAGGCUGGCUAAGGCGUCACGCCAUCCCAGAAGACAAGCUCAGCUAUGGGAUCAUUACAGCCAUAGGAGAGCACAAUGAAGAGAAACUGCAGCGCAUCCUUCUGGAGCCAAUUCAGAGGCGUGAGCCCGCCUCGGCAGAGCGCAAGGUCAAGGAGUUUUAUAGAUCGUGUGUCAACAUCCAGGAGAUCGACAAGCUGGGCUCUAACCCCAUGAUCGAGGUGAUAGACAGCUGCGGAGGGUGGGAUCUGGCUGGGGCUCCUCCUGGUGCUGCUGGCUGGGAGAAAGAGGGCGCCCCACAAAGACCAGAUUUCAAUGAAAUGCUUUAUAGGACACAGGGCGUGUACAGCACUGCUGUGUUCUUCUCGCUCACUGUCAAUGUGGAUGACAAAAACUCUUCUCGGAAUGCAAUCAGGAUUGAUCAGGAAGGACUCACACUGCCUGAGAGAAGCCUUUACUUGGGUCAGGAUGAAGACAGCGUCAAGAUCUUAGCGGCGUAUAAGGCCCUGAUGGAGCGCUUACUAAGCAUGCUGGGAGCUCACAACGCUACACAAAAGUCCAAGGAGAUUAUACAGCUGGAGACUCGUCUAGCCAACAUCACCAUGUCAGAAUAUGAUGACCAAAGAAAGGACGUCAGCACGAUGUAUAACCGAAUUACACUGAGGCAGCUACAGCGCACCGCUCCUGGUCUUCACUGGAAACGCCUUCUGGAUAAAAUCUUCCAUGACAGCUUCUCUGAAGAAAAGGAGAUAGUGGUGCUUGCCACAGAUUACAUACAAAAAGUGUCCGACAUCAUCAAGACGACAUCAAAAAGGGUUCUCCAUAACUACAUGCUGUGGCGCAUUGUGGCAGCGCUAAGUGAACAUCUGUCAACCGCCUUCCGAAGCACCAUCCAUGAGUUUUCUCGGGAGAUUGAUGGCACCGAGCAGCAGCUGGAGCUGGGCAGACUGUGCCUCACGCAGGCCAACAAGCACUUUGGCAUGGCCCUGGGAGCACUCUUCGUCCAGCAGCACUUCUCCUCACAGAGCAAGGCCAAGGUGCAGGAGUUGGUGGAGGAUAUAAAGCAUUCCCUGGACCUGCGACUGGAGGAGCUCGACUGGAUGGAUGAAGCCACCAAGGAGGCAGCCAGAGCAAAGCUGAAGUACAUGAUGGUCAUGACAGGAUACCCAGACUUCCUGGUCAAACCUGAACUCAUAGAUCGAGAAUACGGGUUUGAUGUGGAUGAGAAAACCUACUUCAAGAACAUUCUCAACACCAUCAAAUUUAACAUUAAGCUGUCGGUCAAGAAGAUUCAUGAAGAAGUGGACAAGACAGUGUGGAUUCUCCCCCCACAGGCCCUAAAUGCCUACUAUCUUCCAAACAAGAACCAAAUGGUUUUCCCAGCUGGCAUCCUUCAGCCCACUUUGUACAACCCUGAAUUCCCACAGUCUUUGAACUAUGGGGGAAUAGGAGCAAUCAUUGGCCACGAACUAACCCAUGGAUAUGAUGACUGGGGGGGACAGUAUGAUCGGCACGGCAACCUCCAACAGUGGUGGACUGAGGACAGUUACAGAAAGUUCCAGAAGAAGGCUGAAUGUAUUGUUAAACUCUACGAUAAUUUCACAGUUUACAAUCAGAGGGUUAAUGGUCGCUUGACACUGGGAGAGAACAUAGCAGACAUGGGAGGACUCAAGCUGUCAUACUAUGCAUAUCAGAAGUGGGUGAGAGAACAUGGCCCAGAGAGGCCCCUACCAGGGCUCAAAUAUACACAUGAACAACUGUUCUUCAUUGCCUUCGCACAGAACUGGUGUAUGAAAAGAAGAUCUCAGUCAAUCUACUUGCAGUUGUUAACGGAUAAACAUGCACCAGAACACUACAGAGUGAUUGGCAGCGUUUCCCAAUUCAAUGAGUUUUCCCGCGUUUUCGAUUGUCCGAAGGGUACCCCCAUGAACCCUGUUGACAAAUGUUCUGUAUGGUGACGUCAUUGGAAAUGCUUCUGAUGGCCGUAAUUUGAAGACCCCAAUACAUAUUCACACGUUACCACUAACUCAUCACAAGCAAUCUGACCGCAUUCAUUCUACUUGAGGAUAAAAGUUAAUCUUCAAUGCAAACGUAACGAAUUAGUGAUGCUCGUACUGUCAUCAGCAGAAGAAAGCAUUGUCUACUAACCAAGCUAGUCUCAUCACUCAUGCACAUUACACAUCAUUUAUAUAUAUUUUUAUAUAUCUAUAUUUUUUUUCAAAUCAUCUAUUUUUGUAUUACAGAAAAUAUGAGGUCCAUUGUGUAUUUCAUACAAAAGCUGGUUUGUUUUUUUUACUUUUUAUUUUUAACUUUCAAACUUUUUGACUAGUUUAUCCUCUUAUGCAUCAACUAGAACAUUCUCAGCAUAGUACAGGAGGUAGAAGGGCGAUUUCAGUGCAGACUGGAGCAGAUUUCUUAACUGCAAUGACAGCAUUGUUUUGCGUCGCUAAAUGUUGUCUCUCUCUUAGUUCCAUACUGUAUUCACGCUGGUUGUUGCUCUUGUGGUUUAGAGGGCAAAGCUAACCGUCAUGACUGUUGUAUCGUUUGCCUGCAUUGUUCUCUUGUUACAGUAUUUGUACCUUUUCAAGCGCAGUCAAGUGGGUUUUUUUUGUACAAGGUGGAUUCAUUAUUGACGUUUCUUCUCAGGAAAUGUAGCAUAAAGUCAGUAUAACGUUCACCUCAUCAGCAAAUUAAGGAGCUGGCAUUGGUAAAUAAAAGGUUCCUGAGUGGCCUUUUAAAUUGGACAUUCUAGACAAACUGAUUUAAUUAUAUGAGCCUCAGUAACCAAGAGAGAGGCAGUGCAUUCGAUCACUUUAUGGUCAAAUCAGAACAUAACAAAAUACAGCACUGUAUAUGCAGUGUGCACUAAAACAAUUUUCCCGUGGUUGACUAAUGUAUUUGUACAGUGUUGUUUUCAAGAAAAUGCUUUUGAAUACCAAAUGUGAGUCAGCUGUUAUUGUUGUAUGGUUGAUUUGACAAAGAGCAUGUUCAGUCUCUUUGACACUUAACACCACCAAGCUCAAACAGACAUACGUGGAUCACUCAUCCAAAACAUGACUGCAACUGCUAGUUCACGUGAUUGCUAUCGCUUCCUCUCUAUGGUUGCUGUUCAGUGUUUGAAUAAAUACAUACA